AUGGCAGAGACACGCUCUUAUCCUGAGACCAUCACAACCUCGCUUCCUGGCUUCAGUGUCAAAUGCGAAGAGAAAUACAAGGAUUACGAUCUCACAGAUAUUACACAUGUUGUUGUCCAUCUAUCCGAUACAAUAAUCAGGAACCUCAGGAACUCUAGGGCUAAUGACUUCUACGGGUGCGACAACAAAGAUUAUUGGGAGUUCAUUGAAAAGAUGCUCUCUGUGACGCUCUUCGGCAACGAAAACCAGCUAGAAUGGAUAAACACUUAUCACUGUUUUAGACGUAGUUUCGUUGCAUUAGCCAACAUUGAAAAGAAAGAGGAGCGAGAGCAGAGUCAGAGCCUGGGUGAUGCAAAGACGAAGGUGAUCGAGGUCAUGUUCAUGCAGACCAACCCCCGGGAGAUGCAGAAGAUCUUUUGGAGACCUGCCAGAGAAAUUGUCCAUCAAAGUGUUGUGGCUGAAUUGGAUGAUUCGGUUGAGACGUCCCUAUUUCAAUUUGUGUGGGAAUGA